AUGCAUUCAGUUUCUGACCUCACGACUUCGUCCCGCAAGACGUCGGGUUCAGUCCCGCCGAAGCUUGUCGGCGCGUCAACAACUAUAAUUGGUGACAAGAUGUAUCUCUUUGGUGGCCGUCUUGUUGCAGAACGACGCAUGGUCUCUGAUCUCUACGUAUUCGACCUCGAGACAUUCGUUUGGACUAAAGUUCCUCCGUUUGCUGGCGACGACGUCCCCGGAGCGCGUUAUUUCCACAGCGCUGACUCAUGGCAAAACUAUCUCAUAAUAUUCGGAGGAAUGGGUCAUAAGCCAGAUGCAGCCUCAUCUGAUGACCUAGUCGUCCUUAACGACGUCCGGUUUCUCGAUAUCACCACGUUCCGAUGGCUUCCCGCAGAGCCUCGCAGCCCCGCGACCGAUGGUACCGCAGCAGACCCUAUUGACCCGGUAACGACCACGAAUGAUAAUAGGAAUGAUUUCGUCCCGCGAGCGAGGUAUGCGCACUUAAGUGCAGUGAGCGGUGCUCGUUUGUACAUCGUCGGCGGACAAGACUUGCAAAACGCCUGGCUCGAUGAUGUCUGCGUAUACGAUUUGAAAGCUCACCGUUGGGCUGCACGACGGCCUUACCCGCGUCAUGCUGGAACAUACCGAUCUGUUGCUGUUGCCGCGCAGCUACGCGUGCGAGAUCCGGCUCGAGAAGGUGGGGAAGACCGGACAGCACAAAAUUCGGCUUCAAGCUUAGGGCCACCCGGCGGUCGGUUCAAUGUAGACAAGCGCCCACCGAGUGGGAAAGGAGACUACACAUCGUCAGAUAAACUUGUUCACCUUCCUUAUUCGACGGAGCCGACCGAUGAAUUCCCGAAUGAUAUUUUCUUGUAUAGCAAUUACAAUUUUACGGAUGUGAAACGCGAGCUUGAAGUAUUCACCCCGAAACCGGGCGCUGCGGGUGAAUUCGAUAUGAGUGACCGUUCAGCGGCGAUGACUGGCACAGUACUACCGCCAGGUCUACGUUUCCCAACGGGAGCAAUUUGCGGAAAUCACUUAAUAUUCGCGGGAACGUAUCUUGCUCAUUCCUAUCAAUCAUAUUCAAUUUGGGCCCUUGACUUAACGACGAUGGCUUGGUCGAGGCUUGACCCGGGCGCAGCCCUAUCAACGGGAUCAUGGUUUCGAGCUGCUUUGUGGAACUCUCCGGCCAAAGGGACGAGUAGUCUGCUCAUCUUUGGCAACAGGCAAGGAUCUUUGGUAGAAGAUUACAACCGCAGGUUGCUUGCGUGGGACGACGUUGCUGUCCUCGAUCUCGAGGCAUUCGGCAUCUACCAACCUCCAGCUCGGCAGCUUGACGAACGUGCACAAGAACUUGGUCUUGCAGCGCUCGAGGAGGGUUUGUUAGCGGACUUUGAAGUGGUUUGCGAUGAUGGUCGGCGUAUUCCAUGUUCCCGACGUUUGUUGGAAUCGCGUUGGCCGUGGUUCCGGGAUCAACGACGAUUAUUACGCGACGCUGUGAAUCGGGCUGUCUCCGGAUCGCAAGACCUCUCCGCAAGCGCAGCUGCAGCGCCUCCCCUCCCUCCGGAAGGCGAACUUGUUCCGCCACCAGUUGCAUUAGUCGUCGGCCAAACUCCGGAUGCUCGACCUGAUCCGCGGAUGACUCCACGUGCUUUGAUGCUGGGAGAACCUUAUGCUGUCGCUCAAGCUUUGCUGCAAUAUAUUUAUACUCAGGCACUGGUGACACCAUUACAGCAUGCCCCUGCAGUGCUUAGCCAGCUGCUCUUGCUUGGUUCCGCAUACAAUCUACAGCAUCUCCAACGUCUUGUUCGUCAUGCAAUGCACCGCGCGCUUGCACCUGCUACGAGUGUCGGUGUGUACGAAGUAGCGACACUUUGCGGGUGUCAAAGUCUACAAAUUCGGUAG